AUGGAGGUUUCUAUGUUCUCUAUUGUCAUCAUUUUUUUUCUUUUCGGUACUACACAUCUUGCAUCAGUUCAACCCCGUCUCCUACUUGAUCGUCAGUCACAACAAGGUGAUAAUCAUGUUUUUAAUUUGCUUAAUCAUGGAGCUGUAGGAGAUGGAAUUACUGAUGAUACUCAGGCCUUUCAAGAUGCUUGGAAUCAAGUCUGUAACUCUUCACUUCCUUAUCCGACCUUACAAGUUCCCAGUGACAAGACGUUUUUGCUACAUCCAGUUGUUCUUGAAGGUCCUUGCAUAUCAAAUAAUGUUACUAUCGAGGUACUGGGAAAUAUGUUGGCACCAAGUGAUACAUCAGAAUGGCAAUGUGAUUAUCAAGAAGGUACUUACAAUUGUCCUUCAUGGCUUACUUUUGAACAUGUGAAUAACCUUUACAUCAAUGGCGGCGAAGGGAAUUUCACCAUCGAUGGUCAGGGUCACAACUGGUGGGAUCUUUCAUGCCACAAAACUAUGCUCAUACUUAGACAUUGCUCCAAUGUGCACAUCAGUAACAUAAAUAUUGUGAACGGCCCUAAUAUGCAUAUCUUCAUUCAAGCCUCAACAUGGAUUUAUACUUCCAAUGUCAACAUCUUUGCUCCUAAGACAAGUCCUAACACUGAUGGUAUACACAUUCAAUACUCCCAGAAUGUCUUUGUACAUGAUAGUAAUAUCGGCACAGGUGAUGAUUGUAUUUCUAUUGGGGAAAGUUCAUCCUAUAUCAACAUUAGCAGAAUCUCAUGUGGGCCGGGUCAUGGAAUUAGUAUUGGAAGCCUGGGUAGAGGUGGAAAGAUUGUGAUGGUAGAAUAUAUUCACGUAAGCGAUGUCGAGUUUUCAGGGACUUCAAAUGGAGUUAGGAUUAAGACCUGGCAGACAAUUUCGGCUGUGGAAAUUAGCAAUGUCACAUACAAUCACAUAUAUGGGACUUCAGAUAGACCAAUAGCAAUAAAAUUUGAUUGCAGUGAUGCAGUUCCUUGCAGAGACAUUUUUGUGAACGACAUAAACAUUCCAAAAACUAAAAAAGGUGAGAAGACAUCAGCUUAUUGUCGGAAUGCUUAUGGAAGAUCUCAAGAUCAAGUUGUUCCUGGGAUACCAUGUCUGAAGUAUAUAUAUAACUGA